CUUAUAACAUUUGACAGUAACGUUCGAGUAUGUCGAUUGCUAAAAGUGUCGUCAUGGUAACAUAUGAAACUUUCAUAUGCAUCGAAAAAAACGCCACUUUCAACGCGACAUUGCAAGCAGUGAGAUACGGAGAUAAAAAUGGAGUCAGCAAGUGAAAAUCAAGAAAUUCCAAUGCUGUUGCUGAUCGACACAAUUAACCAGAUGAUUACCGACGAGCAGGCCGCAGGGCACAUGAAUACCGGCGACAAAAUUUAUGUGUUCGUCCAAACCUCGGAGGAGUUAUCUAGGACGGUGGGAAAAACUAUCACCUUUCACCAAGUAAUCGACAGUUACAACCGUUACCGGGAGAAGUUUGACGCGGUGAACGCGAAGGUUAAAUACCUUAAGAAAGGUGCGAGCCAAUUGACUUUAGACGAGAUUCGGAUUUACAAAAUAUUCAAGAAAACUAAAUACUAUUUAUGA